CUGUCACUGUCAAAUUAUUAUUUGGUGUGGUUCGAGUGGAGAAUAUUUUUAUUUUGUAAAUAACAAAUAAAUAUUUCUCGAAAAUGGAAAUAAUUGACAACGAUUUGAGGCAGUGGGACGCUAACGACGUGUUGGAUCAAUUUGGGGAUAGUGUUACGCUACUGCCAUCAAACGACAAUAUCAAGGAAUUACAAACUAUUCUGCGAGACAAGAACACGACGAGAAAUGACUUUAAGUUUUAUGCCGACCGGUUGAUUCGCCUUGUCAUCGAGGAGAGCCUGAACAAGCUGCCAUUUACUGAUUGUGAAGUGAUAACCCCGACUGGAGCUCUGUACAAGGGGCUCAAAUAUGGCGCCGGAAACUGCGGCGUGUCUAUUGUUAGAUCUGGAGAAGCUAUGGAGCAGGGUCUCCGUGAUUGCUGCCGUUCCAUCCGCAUAGGUAAAAUACUUGUUGAAAGUGAUACAGAUACCCAUGAGGCUCAUGUGGUAUAUGCCAAGUUCCCUGAAGACAUUGCGAGGAGACAAGUCCUCCUCAUGUACCCUAUUAUGUCUACCGGCAACACUGUGAAACAGGCAGUCAAUGUACUAAGGCAGCAUGGCGUAAAGGAAGAGAGUAUAAUAUUAUCUAAUUUAUUCUGCACCCCAGCCGCAGCUCAGGCAGUUGUUGAUUAUGUACCAAAAAUGAAGAUACUCACAUCAGAGCUACACCCUGUAGCUCCAAAUCAUUUUGGUAUGAAGUAUUUUGGCACUGACUGAUAUGAUAGAGAAUGUACAUAACAAACUAUGCUUAUGCCUGUGUGAAGAAAGUAUUUUUUAAGGUAUGUACUUAAGAAUUUGUCACAGUAUCAUAUAAUUAUGGUGGGUGAUUUUCACUCGGCAAUACAUAAGAUCACAUAUUUUAAGUGAACAAUCGUAUGUAACACUCGGAUUAAUUAUUUUAUGUAUUGUGGAUAAGUCAAGAGAGUGUAAAUAGCCCUACCAGGUAUAUUACACCUAAACCUACUAUUAUUUCAUUUCAGCAUACUGUAAGUGUUGAGUUGUUAAUAUUGCAGCUAGUUUAGCAUUAUGAUAAAAUAUUUAUUGUGCAGGUACUCACCAGAUUAUAUCAAAUACUUCAUUCAUAUGACAUAAUGAUGUUACAAAACAUAAUUAAAAAUAAGAGAGGUCUAACUUUGACUAGUCUAUAAUUUAUAAAAAUCUAGAAUCUUAUUAGCAUAAUGAUAAUAAAAUAAACACAUAUUUUCAAAAUUAUAAACAUAACUAAUGCCUAUUACAAAGUAUUUGUUGUAUAAAUUUAGGUAGUAAGUAAUUUAAUUUAAGUAACACAGUUUGUACUUAAUAAACGCGUAAAAAAAUAUAUUACAUUUUUACUUUUUCUACUUCUCAACAGAUGUCGCUAUAGUACUUUUAAAUAUGAGAAUAGUGAGGGAGGACCAAAAUAAAAACAAACAAUAACUUUUGUAUCAUUUAUUAAGUUUCAUUGUUUAUACAUUCUAUAGGUAUAAAGUUUUAGAUCAGAUCACACAGCUACUCGAUUCAAAAAAAGUAAAUAUAGGUAUAAUACAUAUAUUAUAAAUUUUAACAUUCAAUAAUAUAAUUUACCCUAAGCAUUAUCCCCUAUGUAGUGAUCCCCAAACAGUAUGUGGUCAGAAAGCGUGGAGCGAUCCCGUACUUAACACAGAUGUUAUUCUCUUAUAAAUAUAGUUAUGAUGUCACUUAAUAUAUUAAAUUAAUUAUUAUCUUGUAAAAAUAGCGAUAACUUUCAACUACAUUAUUGUAACGAGAGUGAUUCUUAAUUCGAGAACAAAAAUAUUUAAUAAUUAUAUUUUAUUAGUAAAAACUAUGACUGAAUGUCACUUAAAAUUGUUAGGAAGCGGCCUGCCAGUGGAGUAUUAUGGCAACGCGUUUAAAUCUAAUUUAAUCUUUAAAAUCUCACAGACCUACAUAAAUGUGACACACACUGAUAAACCAUAGACAUUCCUUGAUAAAAUUAAUAAAUGUCGCGUACUCCUUGUAAUAAAUACUUAAUUAAUCUGUCAAUAAUUUUCUUAAGCCUAUGUUAUGCAGUUUAAACAUUUGAAGCACUUAUCACCCUGGGGUGAGAACAAUAAAACAUGAACACGCCUAUCUGUCUGACACCCUCGGCGAACAGACGUACACUAGGUUUUAUAGCACUUUACAUAAUGUUGUAAAAUAUAUCUUCAAAUACAUGUACAACAUAAAUUACAUACCCUUGAAAUUGACUUAGAUAUGUUAUAUAAGGCAUAUUCGUGUGAAUCGCUCUAGGUAAAUCGAUAACACCUAAAAGACUAAUACAACAGCCAAAGCGAAAAUUAAAAUCGAUAAAUAGUAUAAUUGCAGACAAUAGAUAAAUUCGAUUUUACCACAACAAAUAACAAACGACUCGGAUCGAUGUAAUCUCAGUUGUUAAGACAGUAUUAACACAAGCUGUUAAGCCAAAAUAUAUAAACAAACCUUAAAUAGAUUUCAGUAAAAAAAGAAGCGAAACGAUACUUAAUAGACAAGACAUACUUAUUUGUGCUUAUUUUUUUGUGAUUUUCCUCGUUUUUUUUUGUAUAAAAAAAUAUAGACGCGAA